AUGGAAAGAUCUAAAAAUUACAUGAUAAUUUUAAUUUUGGGUGAAAAUGUAGAAGCUGUGUGGAAAUGGUCUGCAAAAUGUCCUAAUAAUCUUUGUUGUUCGCAAUGGGCUUGGUGUGGAUCAGCUUCUGCCUAUUGUGGAGCAGGAUGUCAACCUCUUUAUGGGAAGUGCGCCACUUCUGCGGUUACUUCUUCCAAGGUCCCUACUUCUCUCAAGAUUACUACUUCUACUACCACUAAACCGACAUUUUUCAUUAAUGGCAAGAAUUGGGGUUGUAUUUACGAUUACGCCCCCGUUUUAAAACGAAUAGUAGCCGAAUGUCAUCAGCUCGCAUAUCAUACUUGGGGACAUUUAGAUCUCGUCACUUUAACUCUUGGAUAUAAUGUAGUCCAAUGGCAUCUUGAUUCAGAAGAUUGGCGAGGUUUGAGCACGCAAGAAGAAAACUGUAAUACCUAG